AUGUCUCCCCCACAUGACUUCGCCGCCCGCUCUUCCUCCUCCUCCUCGUUUCACCCGCGACAUCAACCUCAACGAUCAACCUCUUCCUCCUCUCCACCAUCUCCCUCCGCCGCUCCAGCGUCCGUCCCACAUCAUUCACAUCUCGCUGCCCGCUCUCGUCUGUCCAACAUCUCCCGCCACAUCGCCAUGGCUGCCCCCGCCAACCCCUCAGUAUUCACCGCUGCAGUGGUGCCCCAGGCCCCCGAGGACCCGCUCUUCGGCCUGAUGCGCGCCUACAAGCAGGACACGUCCGAUAAGAAGGUCGACCUGGGCAUUGGUGCGUACAGAGACAACAACGCGAAGCCGUGGGUCUUGCCUGUCGUGAAGAAGGCCGAUGAGCUCCUGCGCAGCGAUCCGAAUCUAAACCAUGAAUAUCUCCCCAUUGCUGGUCUGCCUGAGUUCACCAGCGCUGCUCAAAGGCUGAUCCUCGGCGCAGAUUCACCCGCCAUCAAGGAAAAUCGAGUCAUCUCCCUCCAAACAAUCUCCGGCACCGGUGCCGUCCAUCUCGGCGGCCUCUUCCUGUCCAAAUUCCACCCCUCCCAGCCGAAACCAACAAUCUACCUCUCCUCCCCCACCUGGGCCAACCACACACAGAUCUUCUCCAACGUCCACCUCCGCACUGCCACCUACCCCUACUUCUCUCCGGCCACCAGGGGCCUCGACAUCACCGGCAUGCUCGAUGCCCUCCGGGCCGCACCUCGGGGCUCCAUCAUCCUUCUCCACGCCUGUCCUUCGCAAAGAACUUCGGCCUGUACGGCGAGCGCGCAGGCGCGUUCCACUUCGUCGCCGCGCCGGGCCCACAGGCGUCCGCGACAGCCGCGCACGUGGCGUCGCAGCUGGCCAUCCUGCAGCGGUCCGAGAUCUCGAACCCGCCCGCGUACGGCGCGCGCAUCGCGGCGCGGGUCCUCAACGACCCCGCGCUGUUUGCGGAGUGGGAGGCCGAUCUGCGCGCGAUGAGCGGCCGGAUCGUGGAGAUGCGCCGCGGCUUGCGCGAGCGGUUGGAGCGGCGCGGCACCCCGGGCAGCUGGGACCACAUCACGAGCCAGAUUGGCAUGUUUAGUUUUACGGGCCUGAGUGAGGCGCAGGUGCAGCGGCUCAGGGAGAAGUGGCAUGUUUAUAUGACGAAGAACGGCCGUAUCUCCAUGGCGGGGCUGAACAGCAACAAUAUCGAUUACUUCGCCGAGGCGGUCGAUAGUGUCGUGCGGGAGGUGUCGUAA